AUGUCUCUCCGUCAGAGUCAAGUCAGCCUUGUACGGGUUACCGACGAACUGGGAAACAAGAGCGGCCAGCGUGUAGGUAGUCGUACGUCCCCAAGUAACACAAACCGGCGUCCAAGACUUUUGUUCCUUUCCGUGCAUUUUGCUGUGAACAUGAAUUGGAACGUCUUACGAAUACCAUAUUUUGUACCUUGCACACAAUUGACGAGAAAAGUUUUCUCCCCCCCCCCCCCCUUUUUUUUUUUUUGUAACUUGCGCGCCCUGUGUACAGAAGAUGAGAACCAUGAGGAAAACGUCUCACUCAGCGGUACCCAUGGGUAUCUCGUAACUUCGCCUGGCGUAAGAUGGCAUGUUGCCCACCCCUUGGUUCACCCAUUUCCCACAAUCCAGAUAUUUUUCACCGUUGCACCGACACCCCGUUCUCAGCACCGGGCGUCGCACAAAAAGAACCAGGACAGAGUUUUCGCUUUGAUCCAGAGCAAGGCGCAGGUAACAUUUUCCAUCGUGGUAGCCGAACCCUUGGGGAAAAUUUUUCAAUCAUCCAAAACUGAAGCGAGCACGAGUCUCUCUCUCUAUCUCUCUCUCUCUCUCUCUCAACAUUCACCUCGCAGGCAAGAGACUUCUAACCAUACCUUACGCAGCAUGUUCCCAGGCACGCAUAAUGUCCGGUAUGGUGUACCUGUCCGUAGGUAG